UUGAAGUGGAAGAGUCGUCGUGUGCAUUGCGCAUUGUUGAGUUGCAAGUAAGCGUUUCAUCUCAGCCUGUAAUCUGUGCAAAUAGUCGUGAGAUCUUUUUCGGGAAUCUUGUGAGAGAAGAGCAGUUUGAGUGAAGAUCACUUAAGUGACUCUGUGGAGGGAAAUCGUGACGAGUUGGAGAAUAUCGGACUAUCUUUUGGAUUAUACCGUGCUGACUUAGUGUGGAAGAGUUUUUAUUAUUGAAUGAAAAUGAAGGCGAUCACGGCUGUUUGCUCCACGGGCGCCUCGGUGCCGGGCAUUUCCGGUGGCCGUGUGGCGAGGCAUCGGGACGGCGAGAACGCCGAAAUACAGAUGUACUUGUCGAAGCUGAAGGAUCUCGUGCCGUUCAUGCCCAAGAAUAGGAAACUGUCGAAAUUGGAGGUGAUCCAGCACGUCAUUGACUACAUCUGUGAUCUCCAGAGUGCACUGGAAAUGCACCCGGCUGUGAACACCUUCGACGCCGCGGCCGCCCUCAACCAACCCACCGCGAAACACUCGACGCCGGUCAGCCCCAGACAGCCGCUCGGCGUCCGGCCGAGUCCCAACACAAUCCUCACCACCGGAACCAAUCCAGCCGCCAGUGAGUCACACCACCAAGUCAGCUCGUCCGCCGCGAUCACGACAACGUCAGAAAAGUCGGUGAGCAGCGAUCGAUUGGAUCUAUGUUAGGAAUAAGAGCAUCUUCUUAUGUAAUGUUGUUGUGUGUAAAUAAUAAUGUGUAACCUAGAGACUGGAGACGAUCACACAACGUUCAGCGAGAGAAAAUUAACAUUAAAGUCGAAUACAAGUGUGUAGAUUUCGUUCAAAUUGUCAUCGUCUCCUUGUUAGAACUGGGCAAGGAAAAGAGAGAGAGCGCGCAAUGCAAUUGUAAGUUUUAUUUUUUUGAGGUGGGAAAAUGUGCUUAUUUAACACACAAAAGCAAAGAGAAAUGAUAGGAAGAAAGCUACACAAAGAAUUUUUUUUUCUAUAAUGGACUUCAAUUAGAUUUUAGCGAUUUUAUGUUAGUUUUUGAUUGUAUAAAUGAUGAAGAAGUAAAUGAAAAAAAAAAUUGUUCUGUGAUCGUAGAUUAUUUUGUACAAAGUGUAGAUUACAUGAAAAGGGAUUUAAAGUACAUCUUUAUUAACAAAACUACAGAAGAAUAAUGCAUAAUUUCAACUACAAACAACCAUGAUUUUUGUUGCCGUCAAUUUCACAAAGAAAACACACUUAAUUCUACAUAGAUUUCAUUCACCAUAUAAAAUCCAUGUGCGACAAAACACUUUCGAGCAGUAUAAAUUAUAUUCUUCACCCCGUGACUUAAAUGUUUCUUCACGUGAAUAGCGAUUUAAUUCUUAAGUAGAAAAUUAAUAAUUACACAGAUGAGACAAAUCACAUGCUAUUGUAAAGAAAGAGGAGGCGAAAAAGAUGAAAAAAAAUCAAUUG